CAACUUAUAUGACUUUAAAAGAGGAUUGGACAAAUUCAUGGAGGAGAGGGCUAUUGAUGGCUACUAUUCAUGCUGACUAUGCUCCACCUCCACAGGUGUUUCCGAAUGCCAGUUGCUGGGAACCACAGGAGAGGAGAGUUCUUGUGUGCUCAGAUCCUGCUUGUGGAUUUCCUGCAGGCAUUUAGUUGGCCACUAUGAGAACAGGAUGCUGGACUAGAUGGGUCUUUCGCCUGACCCCGCUUGCUCUUCUUAUGUUCUUAUGUUCAUUGGAGAUUCCAAGAAUCUUGGAAUUCCACAGUACUAGUAUUCUAAACUGUUACUAGGCAUCAAUGUCAACUUGCCUACCGUAGUGUUCUCCCUUCACAUGACACUGUAGGCUGGUGGUCUCUUCCCAAAAGGCUUUCCAGAGGCAUUUCUCUGAACGUCUUUGGCUACACAGAGAAUCCACGGAGGCUUUGUCAACAUGGACCACCAGAGGUUUUCUGGUAGAAGAGGUUCAUCUUAUGAAAGAAGGCCAUCUAUGCGACAAACGUCAUAUGAAAGAGAGAGGUCAUCUGACAGAAUAAGUUCAACUGCCAGAAGGAGAUCAUCUGCCAGAAGACGGUUGUCCGACAUAAGAGCUUCAUUUGACAGAAGAAGGUCAUCCGCCAGAAGAGCAUCUGUCAGACGACCAUCCUUCAGACGAUCAUCCUUCAGACGACCAUCCAUCAGACGACCAUCCUUCAGAAGACCAUCUCUCAGACGGCCGUCUGUCAGAAGACCAUCUGUCAAAUGGUCAUCCAUCAGAAGGCCAUCUGUCAAAAAAAAAUUGUCUUUCAAAAGUGCGACAUAUUUCCCACCAGCAGAUGAAGAAGAAACCUCAUCAACAGACUCUGAUGAUUAUUACAGCUGGGACACAGAUGAAGAUACCAGUUCAGAUAUGAGUGGAUCUGAACAUACUUUAAGUGCCACUGUGAAGACAAAUAUCCAAAUGGGAGAGCAGGGAUUAGGCUUAAUCCUCAUUCAGAACGGGCCCUACAUCCAGAUCUCAAGCCUGGUUGAGAAAAGUGCAGCAGUAAGAGAUGGGAAACUCCAACCAGGUGACAUCCUGAUUAAAAUUGGGCAUGCUAAUGUCCUAGGGUGGACACUACGAGAGCUAAGGCAGCUUCUGCACACCACCCUCAUUGGGACCGUUCUGCAGAUCCAAGUUUACAGGGAAUUUAUGAAAUUACCAGUCCGAUGGGAAACCGCCAUCGACAGCAUUCCUGAAAGAAAGGGAGCCAAGCUAGGAGAGACGUCAACUUACACCAGUGAAGAAGCUUGGUCGAGCAGCGAAGACUCUGAAGAUUAUGAUUGCGGCUGUCAUGUUAGUGACGACGAGGAGCUUAUUGGUGGAGGCCAUGUCGUCAGCUUCGGUAGUGAUGAGAUCUAUACUACAACCGAAGUCACUGAGGUUCCUGUUAACAGAACUGUACAUGCCGAUGCUUUUCCUAAUGUCAAAGCUGUACCAUCACUUUCUUUUGAAACUUCUAAGCAACCCAAGUGGAUCUCUAAAGACUGGCACAUCUUUGAAAGGAAAACCUACACAUUUACCGUGGGCUCAGACAUUGGUAACGACAUUAUCAUUCAUAAAGAUUUUGAAGAUGAAAGUGAUGCUGACAUUUCAAGUUUGUAUUUAACGUCCUCAUCGCCAUAUUGGACUAUGCUAAAAGGUGUUGCGCCGCCAUCAUUGUCAUCUUCCUCCUCUACUGUGUCAGAUGCAUUUUGGCUUGAAAACUUUUCUCAAGAAGUUGAAUGAGGCAACUGGAUCCAGUUUUGCACCGCCAGGAACUGGGUUUCUGAAACUGGAUCCAGUUAUAAGCUGGAUUUUCACUCAUACAACCUCUCCGCCAACU